AUGAAGGAACACAAUCUCACUGUAAUGACUGAAUUUAUCUUAAUGGGCAUCACUGACAGUUCUGAGUUACAGGGUCCAUUAUUUGGGCUGUUCCUUGUUGUAUACUUGACCUCCAUGGUAGGCAAUUUGGGAAUCAUUAUUCUCACCACAGUGGACCAUAGCCUUCAGACACCCAUGUACUUCUUUCUGAAACACCUGGCUAUUACAGAUCUUGGAUACUCUACAGCUGUGGGACCCAAAAUGUUAGAAAAUUUCAUUGUAGAUCAAAGUACAAUAUCAAUUAACCUUUGUGCCACACAGCUAGCUUUCUUUCUUGUAUUCAUUGGUAGUGAGCUAUUUAUUCUGUCUGCGAUGUCCUAUGACCGCUAUGUUGCCAUCUGUAAGCCUCUGUCCUACACUAUUCUCAUGUCACAAAGAGUGUGUUGGGUUCUUAUGGCAACGCCCUAUCUCUACUGCACAUUUGUGUCUCUUCUUAUCACAGGGAAAAUUUUCACUUCAUCCUUCUGUGGCUACAAUGUUAUUAAUCACUUCUACUGUGACUGCAUCCCCUUGCUGUCCCUACUCUGUUCACAUGCACAAGAAAUCUCAUUUAUUGUUAUGAUCUUUGCAGCUUUUGAUUUGAUUGUGUCUCUACUUGUUGUUAUAGUGUCCUACAUGCUUAUCCUCACUGCUGUUCUCAGGAUGAAUUCUGCAGAGGGCAGGCGCAAGGCUUUCUCAACAUGUGGGUCCCACCUGACAGUGGUGACAGUGUUCUAUGGCACCUUAAUAUUUAUGUAUGUGCAGCCGCAGUCCAGUCAUUCCACGGAUAGUGAUAAGGUGUCGUCCAUCUUUUAUACCCUGGUGAUCCCCAUGCUGAAUCCCUUGAUCUACAGCUUGAGAAACAAGGAUGUAAAGUUUGCCAUACACAGGACUUGGAGAAAUAUUUGCAAAAUAUUUUCUUAG